AUGCCUGGCCUGGUAUCAGCUACCGGAGUGCUGGGCUUCCUGGCCGACGAGGAGCACGACCUCAAGGUCUUCGCCCUCCAGACUCUCAACGAUGAUAUCGACACCGUCUGGACUGAGGUUGCCGGUGCUCUGAGCCAGAUCGAGGCUCUCUACGAAGACGACACCUUCCCCCAACGGCAGCUCGCCGCUCUUGUUCUCGCCAAGGUUUACUACCAUCUCCAGGCUUACAAUGAGAGCAUGACUUUCGCCCUGGCUGCCGGCGACCUCUUCAAGCUCGAUGCUCCCGGCGAGUUCGAGGAGACCAUCAUCUCCAAGUGUAUCGAUCAGUACAUCGCCGCUUCUUCCGCGCAGCACACCGCUCCCAAGUCACCCAAGAACGACAACUCCCUCCCCGCUCUUGCGACAACCUUUGCGAGCGGCGCCGCUGACGGCUCCGCCCUCAUCUCUCCCACGACGCCCUUCUCUCAGACGACUCUCCCCUCCAAGUCGCUCCUUUCCAGAGUUUCGACCGAUAACACCAUCCUCGAUCCCACAUUCCAGCCCGUCAAGGAGGGUCGUUCCGGUUCCAUCGCCCCCAUCAACGACCAGGCUACACAGCUCGCUCUUCAGCGCAUCAUCGAGCGUCUCUUUGAGGCCUGCCUCAAGGAUGGCCGAUACCGCCAGGUCGUCGGCAUUGCUGUUGAGGCCAAGAACCUGGAGGUCCUUCGCCGCGUCAUUAAGCGGGCAAGCGAGGAUGAGAAGAAGUCCAAGGGCAAGUCCACGGACGGCCAAGGUCCCGCAGAGGAGCUGAUGGAGUACGCCCUGAGCAUCUGCAUGGACAUUGUUCAGGAGCGCAGCUUCCGCACCGAGAUUCUGCGUCUUAUCCUCGAUCUCCUCAACGAAAUUCCCAACCCCGACUACUUCGCUAUCGCCAAGUGCGUCGUUUACCUCAGCUCAGACGAAGAGGCGUCGCGCAUGCUUAGGCAGCUCGUCACAGAUGGUGGCCCCAACUCGAUUGCCAAUGCUUACCAGAUCGCCUUUGACCUGUACGACAACGGCACUCAGGAAUUCUUGGGCAAGAUCAUCAACUCUCUGCCCUCUGGAGAGCCUGCCAAGCCACCUGCCAGUGAUGCUACCGAGGAGGAGCCUCUUCUCGAAAACCAGCAGUCAUCUGAGGAGGAGGUCUCGGACGACCUUGCUAAGGUCUACAAGAACAUUCGUUCUAUUCUCGACGGCAGCAAGACCAUCCAGCUGAACCUCGAGUUCCUCUACAGGAAUAACCGAACCGACUUGAGCAUCCUGAACAAGGUCCGCGACAGCUUGGAGGGCAGAAACUCUAUUUUCCACACUGCCGUCACCUUCUGCAACGCCUUCAUGAACCAGGGUACCACGAACGACAAGUUCUUCCGCGAUAAUCUCGAGUGGCUUGGUAAGGCAGUUAACUGGUCUAAGUUCACAGCCACCGCUGCUCUCGGAGUCAUCCACCGCGGCAACCUCACCCAGUCUAGGAAGCUUCUGGAGCCGUAUCUGCCUCGCCAGAGCGGCUUGAGCAGCGGCUCCAUCUUUAGCCAGGGUGGUGCGCUGUACGCCUAUGGUUUGAUUCACGCCAACCACGGCGCCGAUGCCCUCGAGUACCUCAAGACGCAAUUUACAUCUGCAGAGGAGGAAGUCAUUCAACACGGUGGUGCCCUUGGUUUGGGCAUUGCUGGCAUGGCCACCGGCUCUGAGGAGAUUUUCGAUAACCUGCGAACUGUCCUCUUCACGGACUCUGCAUUGAACGGUGAGGCCGUUGGUCUUGCCAUGGGUCUCAUCAUGCUGGGCACAGGCAACGUGCGUGCUCUGGAGGACAUGAUCACGUAUGCUCAUGAGACGACCCACGAAAAGAUUGUUCGUGGCCUUGCCAUCGGCAUGGCUCUCAUCAUGUACGGCCGCCAAGAGGGCGCCGACGCCAUGAUUGAAGGCCUGCUCAACGACCCCGACCCGACCCUCAGAUACGGAGGUAUCAUGACAGUUGCCCUCGCGUACUGCGGUACCGGCAGCAACAAGGCCAUUCGCAAGCUGCUGCACAUCGCUGUCAGCGACGUCAACGACGACGUCCGCCGUGUUGCUGUCAUGAGCUUGGGAUUCAUCCUGUUCCGCAAGCCCGGCAGCGUGCCCCGCAUGGUCGAGCUCCUCUCUGAGUCGUACAACCCCCACGUCCGUUACGGAUCUGCCAUGGCUCUGGGUAUCUCCUGCGCGGGCACUGGUCUCGACGAGGCCAUUGAUCUGCUUGAGCCGAUGAUGAAGGAUCCUACCGACUUCGUUCGCCAGGGUGCUCUUAUCUCCCUUGCCAUGAUCAUGAUCCAGCAGAACGAGGUGAUGAACCCCAAGGUCGCCUCCAUUCGCAAGACUCUGAAGAAGGUUGUCGGUGACCGUCAUGAAGACGCCAUGACCAAGUUUGGUGCCUCGCUCGCCCUGGGCAUCAUUGAUGCUGGUGGCCGCAACUGCACUAUCGGUCUUCAGACUCAGACCGGUAACCUCAACAUGGCCGGCAUCGUGGGCAUGGCGGUCUUCACCCAGUACUGGUACUGGUUCCCCUUCACUCACUUCCUCUCUUUGGCAUUCUCUCCCACCUCCAUCAUCGGCCUGGACCACGAGCUCGAGAUCCCCAGCUUCAAGUUCCACUGCGCUACUCGCCCCAGCUUGUUUGACUAUCCCCCUGAGCAGGAGGUCAAGACCGAAGAGGGUCCGACGAUGGUAGCCACCGCUGUCCUCUCCACCACCGCCCAAGCCAAGCGAAGAGCCCAGAAGAAGGAGCGUGCCCAGCGCCGGGAAAGCAUGGACAUUGACUCGUCUGCUAAGCCUACCGUUUCCGACAAGAUGGAGGUGGAUGACAAGAAGGAAGAGGCCAAGGACAAGAAGGAGGGCGAGGUGACUGACAAAGAGGCCUCUGCUCCUCCGGCAGACACUAAGAAGAAGGCAGAGAAGGAGAAGGUUGGCUACGACAUGGAGAACAUGUCGCGUGUGCUGCCCGGUCAGCUCAAGUUUAUCAGCUUCCCUGCCGGCCGGUACAAGCCGGUCAAGAAGCCAACUGGUGGACCUUUGCUGUUGCAGGAUACCCAACCUGACGAGGAGAAGUCUCUGAUGGAGGAGAAACUCAAGAAGGUGACGACGGAGAAGGCCCCCGUCGCUGGCCAAAGUAACGCCGGUGGCUCAUCGGCGGGCCUGACGCCUAGGCAGCAGCAGAACAUCAUCUCCCAGGCCCUUAGGGCUGGCGCUGGCGGUGAUCUCCGCUCGCUCAACGAGCUUAGCGAGUUGCUGGGCCGCCAGAGGAGAGGUGAUCUUGCUGGCGCGACGGAAGGAAGUGGUGCGGCGGCGGCUGCAGGAGUUCUUACCGCAGUUGAUGAGGACGGUGAGGGCGACGAGGAGGCGACAGUGCCAGGCGAGUUCGAGUACUUCACCGACAACGAGGAGGAGGACGAGGACUAG